AGACGGAGCCGUGCGGAGGAGAGAGCGAUUCCGAGCCCGCGGGCCGAUGCCCGGAGACAACGGCCGCCCGCGCGCAGGCAGCUGCGGACGACGGGAGGGUGGUACCCAAGUGUCUGCUGCCAGGGAUCCGACUCCGGCGGCGCGUCGCUGAGGCAUGGGCUGCGCUCCCAGCAUCCACGUCUCUCAGAGCGGGGUGAUCUACUGCCGGGACUCGGACGAGUCCAACUCCCCGCACCAGACCACCACCAUCUCGCAGGGCACCGCGGCCACGCUGCACGGGCUCUUCAUCAAGACGGACGCGGCCGAGACCAUCCCCUCCGUCCUCGCCUACCAGAGCCGGCACUCGCGCGGCAACUCGUGCCGCGAUCGCAAGGAGAACAGCGGCGCGCACAUCCGCAUCGAGGCCGAGACGCAGACCAGCCACACCGGCGUCAAGGUUUCAGCUACAGAAGAAUGUGUGGGACCAAUGAGACUGACCCAAGAACCAAUUCAGGUCCUGCUGGUGUUCGCCAAGGAGGACAGCCAAAGCGAUGCCUUCUGGUGGGCCUGUGACCGCGCCGGGUUCCGGUGCAACAUCGCGCGGACGCCAGAGUCGGCCGCCGAGUGCUUCCUGGACAAGCACCAUGAGAUUAUAGUGAUUGAUGGACGCCUCUCGCGCUACUUUGAGCCCGAAGCUGUCUGCCGGUCGAUCCGAGCCACAAAGCCUUCAGAAAACACCGUUAUUCUAGCCGUUGUGCCACAAAAACCGCCUGACCAGGACGAGCCAUCUGUUCUUCCUCUCCUCUGUGCUGGAUUUAGCCGAAGGUUUGUGGAGAACAGCAGUGUGACAGCCUGCUACAAUGAGCUCAUACAGAUAGAGCACGGAGAGGUGCGCUGCCAGUUCAAACUCAGGGCUUGUAACUCUGUCUUCACUGCUUUGGAGCAUUGUCAAGAGGCUGUGGAGAUCACCAGUGAGCACCACGUAAUACAGUAUGUCAACCCAGCGUUUGAGCGGAUGAUGGGCUACCACAAGGGGGAGUUGAUCGGGAAAGAGCUGACUGAACUCCCCAAGAGCGACAAGAACCGGGCUGACCUCCUGGACACAAUCAACACCUGUAUCAAAAAAGGAAAGGAAUGGCAGGGCAUUUACUAUGCCAGAAAGAAAUCAGGCGACAGCAUCCAACAGCACGUGAAGAUAACGCCCGUCAUCGGCCAGGGAGGGAAAAUUCGACAUUUCGUAGCCAUCAAGAGACCACACAUAGACAACAAUAAUCAGGUCCACAAGUUCAACAAGGAAGAGAGAUGCAGCGGGGAACAUUCUCAGUCAGAGUGCCAUUCUCUACGUCACCGGGACCGGAGGAAAGACUCAAUUGAUGCCAGAUCGCUCAGCUCCCGCGGUAGUGACGCUCCCAGUUUACAGAAUCGAAGAUAUUCCUCAGUCGCCAGGAUUCACUCUAUGACCAUUGAGGCUCCCAUCACCAAGGUAAUAAACAUCAUCAAUGCAGCCCAGGAAAGCAGUCCAGUGACAGUAGCCGAGGCUCUGGAUCGCGUGUUGGAGAUCCUGAGGACCACCGAGCUCUACUCCCCUCAGCUCGCCUCCAAAGAAGAUGACCCUCACACCAACGACCUGGUUGGGGGGCUCAUGAAUGAUGGGCUGCGGAGACUCUCUGGAAAUGAAUAUGUUUUCUGCAAAAAUAUGAGCCAGAGCCAGCUGGCAAUACCGGUCACUCUGAAUGACGUGCCUCCGCCCAUUGCCGAGAUGCUGAGUGAUGAGGAGUGCUGGGAGUUCAACAUCCUGGAGCUGGAGGCAGCGACGCAUAAGAGACCGCUGACUUACCUCGGCCUGAAGAUCUUCACAAGUUUCGGAGUGUGUGACUUCCUGAACUGCUCCGAGGCCACGCUGCGCUCCUGGCUGCAGCUCAUCGAGACCAGCUACCACUCCUCCAACUCUUACCACAACUCCACGCACGCCGCAGACGUGCUGCAUGCUACCGCCUACUUCCUACGCAAAGAGAGAGUCAAGAGCAGUCUGGACCAGCUGGAUGAGGUGGCGGCAUUGGUAGCAGCCUCAGUGCACGAUGUGGACCACCCGGGCAGGACCAAUUCCUUCCUGUGUAACGCUGGUAGCGAACUGGCGAUCCUCUACAACGACACUGCGGUGCUCGAGAGCCACCACGCGGCCCUUGCCUUCCAGCUCACUGUUCGGGACAGCAAGAGCAACAUCUUUAAGAACAUCGACAGGAAUCAGUUCCGAACACUGCGGCAGGCCAUCAUUGACAUGGUGCUGGCCACAGAGAUGACAAGGCACUUUGAGCAUGUCAACAAGUUCGUCAACAGCAUCAACAAGCCAAUGGCUGCCAUAGAAGAGACCAGCUCAAGUAGCAUGAACAGCGACUGUGAGGGUCAGGCAAACAUCAGGAACUCUCCCGAGAACCGUCUGCUCAUAAAGAGGAUGUUGAUCAAGUGUGCAGAUGUGGCCAACCCCUGCAGACCGCUCGAGCUCUGCAUCGAAUGGGCCGGCCGGAUCUCAGAGGAGUACUUUGCACAGACGGAUGAGGAGAAGAGACAGGGGAUGCCAGUGGUGAUGCCAGUGUUCGACAGGAACACCUGCAGCGUGCCCAAAUCUCAGAUCUCAUUUAUGGACUACUUCAUCACUGAUAUGUUUGACGCCUGGGAUGCCUUUGCCAGCCUGCCCGGUCUCAUGGAGCACCUGUCAGAAAACUACAAGUACUGGAAGGGCUUGGAUGAGAUGAAGUGUAAGAGCCUGCGCCCUCCGCCGCCCUCUUGACCAGCUCCUCGCCGGCCUCCCCUCCCCCGUCACCCGGAGCAGGGUGGGACGGUGAACGCGGCCCUGCGGUGGAGCGGUGCGUCUCGUCCGGGGGCCCCCGAUGAACUCUGAGAUGCCGUUUGCCAUCUCAAACCACAGCCCUUUUGUUCCUGCGCGGCUCUAGUUCGGCGUUGGCGUUCUGCCGGUGGAGAACAAGGUUGCCAUUCGAGGCGCCUGCUUUUUAAUAUUCCCAAUAACACGUCUAUGAAACUGUGCGGACCUCACGGCUCACCUGACAAUCGGUACCGUACAGUCUAACACGCCAGAAACCUGCACUUUAGCCGAUCAGGACAUUUUCACUUUGAGCUCCUUCUUGCCUCCUUUGCUUUUCAACCCCCCCCCCCCCCCCCAGUUGUUAAUUUUCUUCGACCAAAUCUUCUUCUUUUUUAUCCUACAUCUGUCUAUCGCUGUAAAAGAAACAUGGUGAAUAAGAUGGUGACCAACGCUAAAAGGUACUGACAGAAAAUAAGGACCCGAUGAGAUCCGUUCAUACCUGACUGCCGGCGAAUGUGUGCGUACUCAAAAGUUCGGUGGGGGGCCGGCAGUGUGAGACACACGUUGACUUGUGUGUCUGGGGCCCAAUUCUUACCGACCAGAAGUCCCCUGCUCGCCACGUUUCCUACAGGUUGUCAGGAAAGGAGAGAUCCAGGGGUCGGUGAGCGCAAGUACCAGGCUCCGGUUGGAAGGAGCGACCUAUCCAGAAGCACACGGGCUUCCUAAGUGUCCGGCCCCGCAUACACAGAGGUGGCUUCAAAGACGGGCCGUUUCUGUGAUCGUGUCGGGAUUGAAAGUUAAAGAGGCGGCGAAAUACCUCGCCCAAAGAUCGAGUGUUAUGGUCCUUUUCUCUCCAUCAUCACGGUGGUACUGUAAAAGCAGCCAGUGGAGAUCUUUGCCCGACCUGUGCAUCAGGACGAGGAGAACUGCACUGUAUCCGAGCUGCUCGGGUUGUGACGUGCACAGCUCCGUGACACUGGCUGUAGACAUUUGUGUCCCAACGAAUCUUACUUUGUAUCCGAACAACGUGCAAAGCGCUAACACUGACUGUCUUGGUGCACACAUCUUCAGUUUUUUUUUUUUAUUUUGCACACUUGCAUACGGGAGGCAGAAGUUGGACCUCGCAGCAGCCUGGCAGACGUAUAACGGAGCAGCAGCUCUACAUUUGGGCCAGUGUCCGACUGCUGCUCCUCACACGAAUCAGCUCCGUGUCUCACUGUUUUUUUUUUACUGCGUUUCAAAUCCCUCAGCUUGCAGCCAUCAGCUCGUGUUCUUUGGCUUGGUCUUUCCAAGGAUCUGGAUUCAAAGUGUCCCGUCAGAGGCCAUCAGACUGAGAGAUUUUCUAUGAUGGGUCUGCCCUCUGCUGGCCCGAUGGGGGUGUUGCAGGAGUGGUGCAGCAACAGCAACAAAAAUAAUGGCGCUUCAUUUCAGGUGCAGUGAAAAGUCAGAUCAGAUCCACAGGAAUUUAAUUAUUACCCCAGAGGGAAUGGGUAUCAAAAAAAAAAAAAAAAAGACUAGUCAAAGUCAGCAUUCAUACAGAAACUAUCAGCUUUGAUAUUUCAGAGCCGAACCAGAUACCAGUGUUAUAUUGUUGGCGAAAUUAUGUCAUUACAUUUCAAUCCAUUAGCAGUUGGCCCAAGGCUGCAUUUGAAUGAUGGUUAGGAGUGAAGUAGGACACGUGUGUACGGUAUUAACCAAAGGCACAGAGAGCUCUAUACGGGUGCCUUACUCUUUGGUCAUCUUUUACACAAAAUAAGUCACUUUUGGCUUAAACAGUUCCCCCUCAAGGCCACCAGAAAAAGCCAUACAUGUUUUAGAUAUUAAAGAGAAACAACUUUAGGGUUUGUUGUGUCUGGGACUGCGCUGCAGCUUGACCUGGCGGGUCGGUGUUAAUGGUUCUGUCGCCAUGGCUUCGUUUAUAUUUGUACAACUGAGUUUUUUUGGUGUUUUUUUUUUUUUUUUUGUCACAUUAGUACGACACAAACUGAAUCAGGUGCCGUUUGCUCAAAUGGGAAUUUUCAGUUGUUUCGUGAGCUUUGAUUUCAGUUUCAUUCCAUUUUCAACGUGUUCACUAUGAUGUAGUGUUUUAUGUGUUAUGUUUAAACGCCUUAAUCUUGUCUCAGUGUUUGGGUCUGCUCAUGUUGCAAUACACUGUAAACUGUAAACCACCUCAUGUAACUGCUGUUCUUGUAAAUACUCAGCCAAUAUAUAGUUGUUUUUUUUUGCUUUGCAUUCUACAAAAUUUGCGUAUGUAACUUUUGUUUUGGAUGUUAUAUGAUGCUGGGGUGAUUUCCUAAAAUCUCUUAAAAAAAGUUUUUUUUUCCUUUUUGAAAACAGUGACUGGAAAUUUGGCUCCAGCUCUGAAUGCAUCAUGACUGCUCUCACUGAUCCUGAAAAAUAGAAGAAGAUAUUUUUGCUAGAUUUCUACUCACAGAGACAAAUUUGCCUUCUCUGUGUCGAGCGCCGACGGGAAUGUGAUGGUAUAAAUGAGACCGGAUCACUGCCACGGACCACAGUCUCCCCGAGGCAGGGCCACAUGUAGAACUGCUCGUUGUGUCACUUUCUGUGAUUUCCUAAUUUGACCUUUCACCUUUGACACUGGCGGCCGUGGCUGCGGCAACGUGCCAAUUCUGUGCCGUUUUGUAUAAUUCAUAGACGGGACAAUAAUAAGCGAGUGACAUUGUACACAAAUUAUAUUUCAAAUUGGUCCUGAGCCCUGUUAUGUGUGUUUUCGAAAGAUUUUACUUCCUCGUGCAUAGUAGCUACCCCACAGGCAGUCACUUUUACAAUCGACCACGUUUGUCUGAAAGAUUUCAUGUAUUUUUCUCUCUCUGGAUUACGAUGUCUUACUCUGAUGUUCCCUGUCACACACAAAUGUAUUGUGAGAGAGAAUUAAAGUAUUCUUUACUUAGGUGAA